CUCCAUGCAGCUGCGGGGACUCAGGAGGAGCCGGCUAGAAACACCGCCACUCAUUUCUGCAUUGCGGCAUGUCGUUCUUGGGGAAUGACCCUCCCAGGUCAGAAUUCAGGACCAAUGGAGAUAACAAGAUUCUGAUCGUCACCUCGGCUGCUGAAGGCAUGGACACGGCUCAGUGCGAUCUGGUCAUCCUGUAUGAGUAUGUGGGCAGUCAUCAAAAUAAUCCAAACCAGAGGUGCAUCGGCAGGUGCAGAAGAUUUAAUCAAAAAAGCAAUCAGAAUAUACCAGAGAGAAAGUAAGUGAUUACUUACUGCAAUGCUGCUUUUAUGCUUCCUGUUUCAAGGAUCAAAUUGUAUUGAAUAUAAUCUUGAUAUUAAGCUUCCUAUAAAGUACAUUUUUUUUGGUGACCUAUAACUGGCAACAUAUAGCAGUGAUCAACAGACGAGGAUACUCGAUGAACUAGAACACCCCAUUCUCUAAUAUUAGUUAACUGUAAUAGAAUAUUAAGAUACCCCUAAAAGGUCUCUUUUAAAACCCCCUGCAUCAGGGUCACUUGGGGAACUUGUUUGAAAAGUGGAUUCUUGGGCACGACCCCAGAUCUGCUGCAUUAGAGUCUCAUGCAGAGAGUGGAGGGUGGGGGGAAGGUAGGGAGGAGGACAGUGAUUCUUUAAGUUAUGAGAACCAUGGCUGUCAAACUUCACUGCAUGUCUGAAUCACCAGGGGAGGCUUUUAAAAUCCUAAUAUCCAGGACUUCCUCCUGGAUAGACUAGACUCUGGAGUGCUCCGUGGGUGUCAGUUUCCCUCAGAUCUUCCAGUUUUCCACCCAAUGGCUCACUGCUCUCAAUACAAUUGUCAGUGCCCCUUCCUGAGAUCCCUUCCUUCUGUUCUCUGGUUCUUUCCAGUAGUUUCCAGAAAAAGCAGGCCUUUGACAUAUUACCAAGCAAUCAAAGAACAUUUUUUUCCCCUAUAGCGCAAAAUGAUUGAUAAAAAAACACCCAAAAGAAUAGGUGUGUGAUGUUCAAAGACAUUUUCAGAAGCUUGGAUGUCUGGAGGGCUGCUUGCCAGACAGCCACGUUUUUUUACUAUACUUGUGGCUAUCGACUUAGUGUUUCCCAAGUGUGUAAACUGGCUCGAGCCAUAUGUUAUUUAAACUGAUAUCAGUUAAGCCCUUUUGCCCUACCCUGAGGAUUAACGCUGGGUGGGCAGCAGGCCUCUUCCCUUCUUCCGGGCAAAAUGAUCAGGAGGUAGAAGUUCCCUGCUAUCUAUGUGGUCCCUCCCAUGGGGACGCCCUGAAAUGGCUGAAGGUUCUAAAGAGCUGCCUGUCCACCUAGAGAGAGAGCAUCCUUCUCCACCUGAGUCGGUAAGUAGAUUUCACAGGCAGUGAAAAGCAAUUGUAAAAAGUACUUUCCCUGCGCUUAUCUAAAGUUCAGACUCCUCACUUUUUCCCUCCUGUGAAACCUGGCAGACACUUCAGUAGUAGCAGCCCUGGCUUAUUGCUCCCAUUCACCUCGGACAAUGGUCUUAAUUAAAUUUUGGGUCCUUAAACUCUGAGGACAUUAUGAAAACAAUGCAAUUUUUCCCCAUAAAAAAGACAUACACACGCUUUUGGAUAUCAUUUCUGAGACUUCACAGAACCUCUCCCUAAAUGUUCUAUAGACACCCCCAAAGAUCCAUGGCUCCCAGGAUAUGCCUGAUCUGAGGGAACCAGUUCAACGCUAGAUUAUCCUUCCCUGAGUGAAGUGAAGACAGAUCCACCAAGAAGCAGGAGAGGAACAAACAUCACAUGCUUUUCUGAGCUUGCUCCUCCACGACUUCUUGGAAAGAAAAGCAACAGAGCUGAUUCCCGGGCGCUUCCCAGCUUCUCCCUGGUCCAGAGGGGCAGCUGCCUGCUGAGACGUCCCUAUGGCAU